AUGUGCUCACACACAAGGUGCAUACAUAUAGACACACACAUACUGCUCACACACAAGGAUGGAGAGUACGUGAGCUGUGUGAUCUGUAACAAAAGUCUACGUCGCUCUGACCUCAAACAGCACCUGGCCCUCCACGCCGGAGAGAAACGCCACAGCUGCCCUAUCUGUGGCAAAGGCUUCAGCCGCAACACGCACCUGCGUGGGCACCUGCGUACGCAUGCCAAGCACCUGCCAGCAGGAGCAGUUCUCUCAGGGCUGCCUUCGACAGGGACUCCUGCAACAGGCCCGGCUCUGCCUCACCCGCCAGCCCCUUCUGCCCCCGACGAGCACCCGCAGGAGCAGCCUCAGGACCUGAGCCUAUCGUCUGCUUCCCUUGACUACACUGCACCUGUUGACACCUGGCAGGAGGUGCCAGAGUCUUUAGCCUGUCACAUUUGUGGGAAAACAUACUCUAAAAAAUCGAGUCUGGUGAGUCAUGUGGCGGAGAACCACAAACAGCCGUCGUCGUUCAAAUGUCCUGUCUGCUCAAAGUUCCUGAGACGAAAGAGUGACUUGAAGCGCCACCUACUGACCCACAGCGAGGACAAACCGUUUCAGUGUCGUCUAUGUGGGAAAGGCUUCAGCCGCAGUGACCAGCUGAAAGGCCACCUGAGCGCGCACCACCGGCCUGAUGAGCAACCUCCCCCCACGACCGCCGACCCCCACAGCCACAGCUGCCCCGAUUGCCUCUUCCCCUGUCAAAGCUACACCUGCCCCCGCACCUGUCAGAGGACCAUUCACUGCCCCAGCUGCCAGAGAAGCUACUGCGUGUGAGCGCCCCCGUGACUUGUCGGGACCAGGUUUAUCUGGACUGAGGCCUUACAUCAGGGGUGUGACAUAAGGAUUAAAGUGCAUAUGACAGGUUUUGAUGAUUCUGUAAUUUUGACUUAAUUUGGUGGGAAUACUACCUGUUGUAAAUAUAAAUUAUACUUUUACACAAAUCAAGAAGCUGUUUGUUUGAUUUUCAACAAAAAAGUGAGUGACAAACUGAAAAACUGUUGGUUAAUGCUAACUAGUUCGUGGCUGUAAUUUUAUUUGUUUAACAGCAGAAAUAAGCUCUUGUAGUUUUAAUUAAGUCUGUUCUUUAUGGUCAGAUUGUUUAAACUGAAGCUCAGAUUAAAAUCUAACUUGAGUAACAGAGCUUCAGAGAGAGUAGUACCUUCUGUUAGCUUCACAUCCACAGGGAAUAUUGAUAACAUCAAUACAGAAACCUUUUUAAAAAUAUGUAUUUCCAUGGUUGAGAUGGAGACACUUCGCCCGGUCCAAACCUGAUUUAGACAUGGUUUAGACCAGUGCCACUUGCUCCUCACUGCACAGACUGAUGUAUGGUUGGCUCAGAGCUUUGCAUGUGAAACACAAAGAAGCCUGCGAUUUUCAAAGUCACCAGACAUGUGAUUAUGUGAGAUAAAUAUGUUUAGUUUUAUUUAAUUCCUUAAAAUUCUUGUUUUUUUCUGUAUGACCAACUUCCCUUUUUUUUUUAACAUUUUUGUAUCAUGUAAAAAAAAAGUGCUGCUUUGAAUAAAUGUGAC